GGUCCAACCAUCAGGGUUCCUGAACCCACGCCAAGACACCUGCCAUCCCUGCUACAGGGACCCCCUCUGACACCGCUGAACACCCACCCCGGAGGAGUGCCCUUCGGCAACGCGGCCCACCAGGAGCAAGGGGUGUCCACAGUCCGUCCGAAGUGUCCACGGCACCCAGGCACCGAACCGGAACAGUUGCAUGCAGGCGCCUGGGAACGCUGGUGCUGCUGCUGCUUGAUUCCCGCGGACCUACCCUGGGACGGAGGCCGGCGCUGGCGGCUGGACAUGGCGGGCACGAGAUCGGUGCACGAAACCAGGUUCGAGGCGGCCGUGAAGGUGAUCCAGAGUCUGCCGAAAAAUGGUUCAUUCCAGCCAACAAAUGAGAUGAUGCUCAAGUUCUAUAGCUUCUAUAAACAAGCAACCGAAGGGCCCUGCAAACUUUCCAGGCCUGGGUUCUGGGAUCCUAUCGGAAGAUAUAAAUGGGACGCCUGGAGUUCACUGGGUGAUAUGACCAAAGAGGAAGCCAUGAUUGCAUAUGUUGAAGAAAUGAAAAAGAUUAUUGAGACGAUGCCGAUGACUGAGAAAGUUGAAGAAUUGCUGCAUGUCAUAGGUCCGUUUUAUGAGAUUGUAGAGGACAAAAAGAGUGGCAGGAGCUCUGAUGUAACCUCAGUCCGAUUGGAGAAAAUCUCUAAGUAUUUAGAAGAUCUUGGUAAUGUUCUAACUUCCACUCCGAAUGCCAAAACUGUGAAUGGCAAAGCUGAAAGCAGCGAUAGUGGAGCUGAGUCUGAGGAAGAGGAGGCCCGAGAAGAAAUGAAAAAAGCAGACCAAAACAAUCACGAAAACAAGAAAAUGGUCGCAAAAUCAUCAGGGCAUGAAAAUGUGGAAAUAAUUGUUCCUAGUGGCUCCGAUAAAGACAGUUGUGUUCAGGAUGUACAGCCUGACGUUCAUGCCAGUGCAUCCCUGAAUGGAACCAUCACUGAAGAAGUAAAACUGGUGGAUCAGAACUUGGAACAAGCAGGGAAAACCACCGGCGGCGUGUAUCAAGAUGCAAAUGAUGAUCAUGUUGAAGAUGUUUCAGGAAUUCAGCAUUUGACAAGUGAUUCAGAUAGUGAAGUUUACUGUGAUUCCAUGGAGCAGUUUGGACAAGAAGAGUCUUUAGACCUCUUUAUGUCAAACAAUGGACCAUUUCAACACUACUUGAAUGGUGAUCCCAAUAAACCCUUGGAAAACUGUGGUUUUCCUGAAGAUGCGCCGGUCGUUGCUGGAAAUGGCAGCAUUGGGAGUAUUCAGGUGGCAGCAGUGGAAGGCAAAGGUGAAGUAAAGCGUGGAGGAGAAGAUGGCAGGAGUGACAGUGGAGUGCCACACCGCGAGAAGCGAGCCGGAGAAAGUGAGGAGUUCUCCGGAGUCAGAAGAGGGAGAGGACAUAGGAUGCAACAUUUGAGCGAAGGAGCCAAAGGCCGGCAAGUGGGCAGCGGUGGUGACGGGGAGCGCUGGGGCUGGGACCGAGGCCCCCGAGGCAGCCUCAACGAGCAGAUGGCCCUGGUGCUCAUGCGCCUGCAGGAGGACAUGCAGCACAUCCUGCAGAGACUCCACAAACUGGAAACCCUGGCUGCCUCCCAGGCAAAGUCAUCAACACUGCAGAGCAGCGUUCGCUCCUCCUCACAGAGACCUUCUUGGUGGCCCUUCGAGAUCUCUCCUGGUGCAUUAGCUUUUGCUGUCAUUUGGCCUUUUAUUGCCCAGUGGUUGGUGCAUUUAUACUAUCAGAGAAGGAGAAGAAAACUGAAUUGAUUAAAGUGGUAUUCUACUCAAGAAGACUGCUGGGCCUGGAGCACCUCAGAAUGAAAUGGAUUGUGGAGUUUACAAGAAACUUGAGUUGUGAUUACAUUUCCUUUUGUGGUC